ACGAAGCCCGAUCAAUUAACUCAAUAAAUACAACUGAAACGAAUGGCGCACGUUGCCAAUCUCGCUAUUGUGAUGGCAGAAACGUUCUAAUACUUUUAACCGCUCCAGAUUGUUGGUCUUUCUUCAUGUUUGGCAUCAUUAGUGCCGCAGAAAUGUGGCGACUAUCGCUGUGCUUCUGGCUUUUUGUAGGCGGUAUAUCGUCCGCUAUUUCGGUUAGAAACGCCGAUGGUUCACUGGCCGAUCAUUCCCCAGAGCCGGGGGGCGUAGCGCAAAAUGCGUGGUACCCCGGUGUUUCUCUGCUUGGCGCCGUUGACGGACACUCUUCCAAUCGGCUGACGUCGGGCUCGGGUGCUGCAGGCGGGAAGCGCGAGAGUGCGGAUUUGGAGCUGGAGAUCUGGUGUAUCGGUGACCAGCUGACCCUGGGUGUCGGAAUGAAGCUGAACGGCGCUGAGUUGAACCCGGAAGCGCUCACCCUGGGAGAUGGCUGCAAGGGCAACGGGCUGUCCGCGCGCUACCUGUGGUUUACGUACGACCUGUCCCAGUGCGCUACCAGAGAAUCGGUGCUCAACGGCGAUGUGGUGUACAUCAACGUCAUCCAGUACACCCCAGGCCCCAUCAACCCAUCCCUCAAAUGGGUCGAGGCCUUUUCUCUACCUGUGCACUGUACUCUGAACAGACACCAAGGUAUUGCGAGUCCCGUUUUGAUGUCGCAUCCUGUUCUGAUGUCACUUCCUGUUUCCACGCCCAGCCCCGACCCUGGCUUCGCGCUGAGGGCUAUGAACCGUUCCUGGACCGGUGCCAUGGAGACCAACGUGUACCGGCGGGGGCAGGCGGUCCACCUGCAGGCUGCCGUUGGGCGGCUGGAGGAGGAGGAGCAGCUGUACGUUCAGUCCUGCCACGCCACCGCGUCCCCCGACCCGUGGUCCCGGCCCAGAGUACGCCUCAUCGUGAAAAAGGGGUGUGUUGCGUACGUGGUGUCCAAGCGAGGCCACGCCAGGUUCGUGCUGUCCGAGAGAUCCGAUGUGGUCAAUAUAAAGUUCGCUGCCUUCCAUUUUGGCCCUCCUGAGAUCUACAUCCACUGUGAACUGGCUGUUCUAGAGCAGGAAAUGACCUCUGCCAGCAAAUUCUGCAACUACAACCAGAAGCAGCAAAGGUGGGAGGAGCUCAGCGGUGAUCUUGCUGUGUGCAGCUGCUGUAGGACUGAGUGCAAUGACGCCGCCCCAAGCAGUGCCCCCCCAGGUCCCCAGGCGCUCGUGAGCAUUGGCCCCCUCAUUGUUGUGAACGGCACCGCAGCGGGGAACGCCGAACCCGAGCUUUCCGCCCCCCCGUGGAGUGAACCACCGGUCGCUGUGGAAACCACACCCUUUCCACCCGUGUCUGUUCCGACUGAAUUCCCAGAAGAGUCUCGUCCAGGAUACCCCGACGUCCCCCCCCAGGGUUGGGCGGAGCUAAUUGCCGCAGACGGUGUGGCCUACCUGGAUGGGAUGCCGGUGCAGGAAGGGGUCUGGGGGCAGCCCCAGGGCGCCCCCCAGGGGUGGCUGGCUGCUGGUUCGGGCUCUUCAAGCGUCACAUGGCUAUACCCCCCAGUGGUGGCUGAUGGCGGGGUGCUGAUAGUCAGGCAUGUCCCUGAAGAGCCUGGUAUGGACGUGGUGGUGGGGCAUGUCCCUGUAGAGCCGGUGGGUUGGCAGAAUGAGGCUUUUGGGAAGGGGGAGGACUCCCUUGUGUCUCUACAAAACGACGACAGUGACAUCAUACGGCAGUAUCACCGUGACGACCCCUCUGCCCUGGAGGCCUGGAGGCGGGACUCUUCUGGACUCCUCCUGUCGCCGCCCGUCUCGGACCCGGUUCUGGAUGAGUCCAGGCGGAAGCGGUGGGGCGGCGGUCUGGGAGCACUGGUCCAGAACCAGCAGCAGCCAGAACCGGCCGAUCGGAAAGGGGAUCCGAAUCGUCAUGGUGACAAGGACCCUCUGGGCGGGGUUGGCGUGGAGGACGAGGGCCUCCUGGUGCAGAGGACGGAGGUGGUGAUGCACAAGGGGCGGGGCCAAACUGACGCGGCGGUGCUGUCCACGUUCCGAUCCAGUCUGGCGCUGACCCGGACCAAAGGUGCCAUCCAGAAGCUGCGCUACGAGGAAGAGGAGGAGGGGAUGGCUGAGGAGGCGCGAGCGAUGAAGAGGAGGGUCCUGCUGGAGGAGGACAAUGUCCAGCCUUCAUCCCUGCGGGCUGUGCUGAGGAGAAUGUACAAGGUGGAGUGAUUCCCUCACCCAGACUCUUUCCAAUGGUGGCUGAGCACACAAAUGAAUAAAGAAGUCUGCAUCUUCACACUGGGUUUGGCCUGCCUCUUAUUGAAAUAAAUGGGGUUACUGAAAUGCA